AUGAAUGGCACAGAUAGAGAACAAGCUCUCAUCGACGAUGAAUCUAUCACUCAAGUCUCAAACGACGCUCAUUAUCGAAGCCCUCGAGCAGGCCGCCCUAAGAAUGGUCACUUGAGAUCUCUUGGUGGACCGGGCAGAAAGCCGCGUGCUUGCCUUGCAUGCCGACAUCUCAAAAUGAAAUGCGAAAUCCUUCAAGACCAGUCUCGGUGUAAGAGAUGUCAUAAGAAAGACCUUGACUGUGUCGCCUUUCGAAAGCCCAAGCUGCCUGCUGUCUCAUAUGAGUCAAAUGAGGAUCUAAUUGAUGCAAUGCGGAGAGAAAUUCAGAACCUGCAAAAGACCAUCCAUUCUCUGGUUUCGAAUCAUGAAGGGCCUCGCCCUGAGAUCCCAGGGCCAAUUUUGGAUUCCCAAGUCUCACCAUCUGGACCUUCCGGGUCAAGUCAAAGUCUAGGUCAAUCUCCAGCUAAUUUAUCGUCCUGUGCCAAGGCGACCGAGAAUCACGGCAUGGCAAUGACGAGAGAGAAUUCACCAGAGCCAACACAAGAUACUAACCUCGGAGCGACUUCUGUAUUAGUCACAGAGCCAAUGGGCGGACUGUAUGAAGUGACUAGGCUACGCAAUAUUCGAAGUAAUCAGGCGAAGCUUGAUAUUUCGGGGCCGAGCGGAGAAGAGAAUAUGGACGAUUUUAUCUCCAGAGGGGUCAUUAGUGAGGAGGAAGCAGAAGAUCUUUACCGGAUCUUUCAUAUGUCGCUGAAUCACUAUCUCUGGGUUGGCCUAGAGCAGAUACACAUCAGCUUAGCCUCUGUUCGCCGCUCAUCACAACUCCUAACGGCGACGAUCCUGACCAUCACGGCCCUUCAUAUACCAUCCAGUACUAAAACAUUCGAUGACUGCUAUAAUGAGUUCCUCAGUCUUAUUUCAUCUUCAAUGUUUUCUCGAUAUCACUCUGUAGAUGAUGUCCGGGCCCUCUGUAUUGCCGCUUUCUGGCUUUCUGAUGUCUCUUGGAAACUUUCAGGACACGCCAUACGCAUUGCGACCGAAUUAAAUAUUCACCAAUCCUUUUUCAAAGCAUUAGAGGCUAUGUUUGCGACCACCACUUUAGCAUCGCCUACGGACGACCCCCCUAUGAUAAGCGAGAGUCUUCAGAUAAGAGAACAUGAGAUAUUUCUCGAUCUUCCACUAGCAGAUGCUAUUGAUUUCCGUGUCCUGUCGCAAGUCUCCUUAUUCCAAAUAUUGACUCGCGUACAUGACUGCUUUGCCGAGAGAAGACUCCCGCAUCAAGAUACCACGCGGGCCCUACUGUCCGAGAUGGAUUUCCCUCAGAUGCGAUCUUUUAACUUGGAGAUCGAUAAAUGGAGAAUUCUGUGGCAAUCCCGCCAAGUGGCAAAUAAAUACAUUGGAUCAUUUCCACCGAAGGGAAUCGUUCUCUACUCAUAUUUCGCUAAAUUCCAGCUUAACUCCUUUGCUGUCCGAGGAAUAAAUAUCUACGAAGGGAUCAUCUCUACAGAACGCAAAGAAUUUGCGAACAUGGCAGUCUCGGCUGCAGCAAGCUCGCUCACAUUUGUUCUUGAAGAAGAAGAUCUUCGUCGUGCUUUAGUCGGCACGCCUUUAUAUGUUCAUACUAUGAUUGCAUUCUCUGCAGUCUUCCUCAUGAAAGUGGCGACAAAGUGGAAUGCGGUUGGCUUCAAUAUUGAUCCCGCAUUUGUGUGGGACUUGCUCGACCGAGUGAUCCAUCUCCUCAAGACAACAAUAACUAGUAAGCGACAUCUACUUUAUCACAUCGGAGCCGGACUUGAGAAAAUGAGAACAAGGCUUCUGGAGCAGGAGAAUGAUCCCCAGAGUAGCAUGCCGCUUCAUCAGCAAUCCCAGACCCCGUUUGGAUGCUGUGAUGAGAAUACAAUCAAUCAAUCAGCGUGCAUUCAUGACCGGAGUGGAGCCUUUAAUUCUUCUACUUGGGCCAACGGCUCUCAGAUGGCUGCUGUGGAUGAAUUUCCGAACGAAACUGAUGGCAUGAAGAGAAGGACUGCUCCCGAGACAGAUUCCGGAUUUGAUCAAAUAAUGUCCAUGAGCAAUGACUUGAUAUAUGAGGUUUUUGGAGAGAAUGAGUCAUCGUACGAUGUUUACAGCCUUUUGAGCAGUCAAUUCGCAGGAUAA